GUUUGGCUUCAUCAUGAAUGUACAUUAAUAAUACAUACUUUUUUAACUAAAAUUUUAAUAAUUUUCAACCCAUUAAACUUGAGAAACUAAUUUUUAUCGAUUUUUGAAUAGUUAACUAGCGAUAUUACAUAUUUCUUAGAUAUGCCUGCAUAUCAUUCACAAAUUAAAGACUAUAAGCAGUCUGUUGGGAACCUGGCAAUUCUUCCUCUAAGAACGCAGCAUAGAGGACCUGCUCCUACUGGAAACUAUGACAAUGAUAUCAUAGAUGAGUCACUUUACUACUUCAAAGCUAAUGUGUUCUUUAGGACAUAUGAAAUUAAAAGCGAGAUAGACCGUGUUUUAAUAUAUAUUACUUUGUAUAUCACUGAGUGUUUGAAAAAGUUGCAAAGAUGCUCAACUAAAGCUCAAGGAAUGCAAGAAAUGUACGCUUUAGCUAUAUCAAAAUUUGAUAUUCCAGGCGAUCCUGGUUUUCCAUUAAAUGCAGUUUAUGCAAAACCAAGUUCUCAAAGCGAUGCAGACGUAAUGAGGCUUUACCUUUUACAAUUACGACAUGAAACUGGAAAUAGAGUUUGUGAAAAAGUAUUUUCAAGCGAAGAUGGAAAACCUAGUAAAUGGUGGUUAUGCUUUUCCAAGAAGAAGUUUAUGGAAAAGUCUUUAUCAGGACCAGGUCAAUGAAUAUAAUUUGUAUUUUUAAAGAAGUAAAUAAAAGUUUGUUUGUAUUUGAAAAUUAAAAAAAAAAUUUAAUUUCUCUUAAGUAACUAAUUAUAUAAUAUUUUUAUUAAAUAAUACAAUAAAAAUUUUAUCAAAUUUUUACCAUCCA